AUGGCUGAGAAUAGUACAGCGCAGUCCGUUACUCGGAAGUUCUCUCGAUAUCGUGCACGAGGUGCGACAACCGGUGACGUUGAAAUGCCCGCGCCUGCGCCUGCGCCUGUCAACAGCGAGCAGAACCCCUCGAUCGCAAGAAGUAGGUCUCGAUAUCGUCGCAAUCGGCCAACGUCAAAUGGAAAUUGUGUACCACGUCUACCCGCGAUCCCUAGCCAUGUGCGAACCCAGCCGGACCAAAGUGAGCGAGAAAGUGAACGUAACGCAACCGGGUUGACAGAUGAGGAAGCGCGCACACGCGAGCUGGAUCGACAACGUGCGAUGGAACGAUUGACUGGAGGGGAUAACUCAGAACACAUUCGAAAGCCUCUGGUAUCCUUCCCUCCAAAACAAGCGCAAUUACCCCGAUCGCAACCAGCUCCGGCGCAUCCCCCGGCGCAUCCACCGCCAAGUUCCCACUCAGAACACGAUGGCCAUCGCAAAUCAUUCUUUCAGAAGGUCAAACUUUCAAGAUCCAAGGACGCCAAGAAGACCGAGCUCCCGAACUACAUUGGAGUGGGCGGAACCGGAGUGGUUCCAGGGCUUGAUGCUCCUGUCAGCGCCGUUAACGCCGGAGAGCGCCAUGCCCUUGUCAAAUAUGGUGAUGCUACCGCGGAUCUCACUGUCACUCCGUCAACUCUAGUCCACGAUUUAUUACUAGAUGCCACCAAACACCUAUCUCGGGACAUUGAUGCAGAGAAAUUCAUUCUAAUGGAGUCUUACUCUCAGGUUGGCCUAGAGCGUCCUCUGCGACGCUAUGAGCAUGUGCGGGAAGUCAUGAAUUCCUGGUCACACGAUGCGGACAACCAGUUCAUCGUUAUUCCCCCCUCUAGUGUGGACGCCCUAACUCAGCUCGAUGCAGGGCAUGCCCCCAGUGGGCAACCAUCCCCGGUGACUGUCCAUAUUUACCAUUCUCAGCGUCGUCACAAGUGGGAUAAGCGAUAUGUCACUUUGCGCGCCGACGGACAAGUGACAGUCUCAAAAAAAGAGAACGCCAAAGACCAAACCAAUAUCUGCCAUAUAUCCGACUAUGACAUCUACUUCCCCAGCGCUCGAGCGCUAAACAAGGAUAUCAAGCCUCCCAAGAAGUUGUGCUUUGCAAUUAAGAGCCAGCAGAAGUCAUCCAUGUUUCUGUCCACCGAAAACUUCUUGCACUUUUUCUCGACCAGCGACAAGUCCAUUGCAGAUACAUGGUACCGGGCAGUACAGAGGUGGAGAAGCUGGUACCUUGUCAAUAAGAAGGGGGCAGGCCAGAAACCAGAGACUGAACCAUCUAUGAAGCGCGCAGGGACGAAGAGGUCGACUAAUCAGUCGAGAAAUGUACCAAACGACGCUCCACUCCUCAAACGGGAGACCUCAACUGAAUCCCCGAAGCGUGAGAGCUCCGACCAACCGAGGCCGGCAAGCUCCAAAGACAUCUUUACCCGGAAGAAGACCCUUCGUGGACACGGGCCCCCUCCAUCUACAUACCCACAGGCCCUGACGCUCGAUACUGAUAUGGACGGGCCUUUUACCGACAAACAUGCAUUAGUCUCAGGCAUCUCGCCCCAAGAAGUAGAAACUUCCACUUUUGCACCAUCCGGACUCCUAGGCCGAACUUAUACUCAGCGCCAAGCUGCUAUGCGGGAACGGGAUGAUCGUGAUAAGAGAGCUAAACAGGAAGCCUUUACAGGUAGUGGCUUUAUGGCCGGAGGAUCUACACACACCCCGGGCUAUGACUCAAGUCCCAACAGCCGAACAAACACCAUGACUCGUGCUCCCGAUUCAUCCAUUUCCAAUCGAGCUCCAUCCCUAAAGCAGAAGCCUCUGGUCGAUCUCACCCCAGUCUAUGCCGAGCCACCGCAACAUAGCCGCAAGGGCAAAGGCCACGGCGUCAAAGUUCAACCAGGGAUGCAAUUGAUCGACGGUGCCACUGGACCAGACCAGACCCCCGGGGGAAUCCCCAUCCCACCCUCCACUUCGUGGCGACGGCCGGCUGCACCCGCAGAAGCCUCAGUUCAGCGACGAAAUACCGCCCGAAGCGUGCGUCAUCACCCAAACACAUACGCGCCCUUACCUUCUGCCGAAGGAACACCGGCGCUCCCCGCCCAGUUUACCCCACACAGCCUGCUAGCACAUUCAGCCAGCACGGCUAGUCACCGAAAUCCGCGCAGCGGACACGGAGUCGCAACAGGUGAUCGCAAUGCCACACGGCCGUUGUUAGAUAUGUCCCCAGAGAACCCUUUUGCAGAUGGUAGUUUGCUUCGGCAGCUAUAG